AUGGCCAACAGCAACCUCCCGCGGCGGAUCAUCAAGGAGACGCAGCGGCUGCUCAGCGAGCCAGCACCGGGGAUCAGCGCGUCGCCCUCGGAGGAGAACAUGCGCUACUUCAACGUUAUGAUCCUUGGGCCGGCGCAGUCGCCCUAUGAAGGUGGAGUUUUUAAGCUUGAACUCUUUUUACCUGAGGAAUAUCCAAUGGCUGCCCCAAAGGUUAGGUUUCUGACCAAGAUUUAUCAUCCCAACAUUGACAAGCUUGGUAGGAUAUGCCUCGACAUUCUCAAGGACAAAUGGAGCCCAGCACUUCAGAUUCGAACGGUUCUUUUGAGUAUACAGGCUCUCCUGAGUGCGCCAAAUCCAGAUGACCCUCUUUCCGAUAACAUUGCAAAGCACUGGAAAGCCAAUGAGGUAGAAGCUGUUGAAACAGCCAAGGAGUGGACUCGCCUGUAUGCGAGCGGUGCAUGA